CGUUGUCAUUAUUGAUCUUCGUCCUGGUCGCCGCCCUCCCUUGGCCUGCGCUCGCACAGCAGCAGCCGGCCAAUCCCUCCGGCACGCCGUCGCUCGUCCCGCCCCCGGCGCCCGCGAAUCCGUCCUCCCCCCCUCGACAUGGCGCCCUGCCCUUCCGUCAAGAACAUCCUCGUGCUGGACGCGGAGGGGAAGCGCGUGGCCGUGAAGUACUACGCCGACGACUGGCCCUCCGCUUCCUCCAAGAUGGCUUUCGAGAAGUCGCUCUUCGUGAAGACCCAGAAAACCAGCGCCAGAGCAGAGGCUGAUGUGGUAAUGUUUGAUGGCUACAUUGUUGUUUACAAGUUCAUCCAAGAUCUCCAUUUUUUUGUAACUGGAGGGGAUGAGGAGAAUGAGCUUAUUUUAGCGUCAGUUCUUCAAGGGUUUUCUGAUGCUGUUGGCGUUCUUCUCAGAAACAAUGUAGACAAAAGGACAGCUCUUGAAAAUCUGGAUCUCAUCUUUUUGUGCCUCGACGAAGUUGUUGAUGGAGGGAUUGUUCUGGAAACAGAUGGAAAUGCGAUAGCCGAGAAGGUGUCAGGCCAUGGAUUGGAAGGAGCUGGAUCGUUCACCGAGCAGACGAUAAGCCAAGCCCUAGCAACAGCAAGAGAGCACUUCGCGAGGUCUCUUCUGAAGUAGUGUGUACAUGCAUCUUUCCUGUUGGCGAUGCACCCACCAUUGAACUCCUGUGUUUCCUCUUGUAGCACAGUGCACCUAGUUUGUUAAGAAAGAAAGAACGAGAAAAUGACUUGAAUCUUUGCGUGUGACUUCGUUCACCUAUUGUUGUGGUGUGAGUCGACAUUUUGUCGCAGAGAUGUAUGUGCGGCCUAAGCGCCUAGUCCUGGUUACAGGUUACCAGAUUCCUUUUAAGGUCUGUAAAAGAAACUUGUGAUGCAUGCAAUCGUUGGUGCAUAACAAUCCAGUAACAUCACAUGAUGCUACCAAAUUUUUGUGA